AUGAGCGGGAAAGAGAGAGCAGGAGAGGGACCUAGGGUUUCACUGGAUGAAGAGUCUGGCGAUAGCAAUGAGGAUGACGAGGCAAAUGGAGUGGGUGGGGUUUUUUCUUGUCUAGAAUUAGUUUGCAGUGCUGCUUUUGGCGCUUUCUCUUAUGUUUUGGCGUGUUCCAGGGUUAGAAGCGGUAGUUUGCAGACUUGUUUUGGCAGUUGCUGGGUGUUUAAGGGUUCUUUUGGAGCUUGUCUCAAGGAGGCCAUUGUCUUUUUCCUGCACCUCCAUGCUGUUUCUUUUGAUGGAGGUGGUGUGGCCUUCGGGUUUCGAUGCGAACAGUAUUCUAUAGAAGAAUACGAAAUGGAAUUCCAUCCUUUGAAAUUUGGACUUCUGUGUACGAUUCUGCUGGUCAUGGUUUGCGUUUUGGGAGUUGGUGGGCAUAGUGGGACGCCAUCCACUCUCAGGAAGAAUCGGCUGCAUGGGAUUUUUCCUGAGAAGUUUAGGAGAUCUCGAAUCCCUAAUUCUCAGGUUUCGAGUCCAAGUAUGCCUUCGUACAACUAUACCCAAAUUCUAGAUCAUUUUGCAUACACGCCACAGAGCUAUCAGACGUUUCCGCAGAGAUAUUUCGUAAACAAGUCCAACUGGGGCGGCGCUCAAAACAAUUCUCCCAUAUUUGUAUGGUUGGGUGCGGUAAAUGAUAUUACAUACGACUUAACCGUGGGCAUUUUAAUCGAUCAGGCUCCUAGGUUCAAAGCUCUUGUGGUCUACAUAGAGCACCGUUAUUAUGGGACGUCAAUGCCAUUCGGGGGAGAGAAGGAAGCGUAUGCAAACGCGAGUACAAAGGGUUAUUUCACAUCCACACAGGCCUUGGCCGAUUAUGCCACCGUCAUUGUCGAUUUGAAGAAAAAAUUAAAGGCUGAGAAUUGUCCAGUCGUGGUGUUUGGUGGAUCCUAUGGUGGAAUGCUAGCUGCAUGGUUUCGCCUCAAGUAUCCCCACAUAACAAUCGGCGCCCUUGCAUCAUCUGCACCUAUACUCUACCUCGACGACACCGCUCCCACUUAUGGAUAUGAAAGUGUUGUCACCAAGGAUUUCAGGGAUGUAAGCGAGACCUGCUACAGAAGAAUUAAUGAAUCGUGGGCUAUGAUGGACAAAAUCGCGUCUAGCCCUCAAGGCUUGCUAAACCUAAGCAAACUAUUUAACACUUGCGAGAAUAUUACGGAUAAGGACGCAUUAUACAAUGAGCUUGAGUUAAUGUACAAUGGCGCGGCACAGUAUGAUUUCGAAAAAAUCUGCAACGCUAUCAAUAGCCUACCGGGAAAUGCAGACACUGUUAGCAGAAUAGCGGCUGCAGUGAAUUACAGACAAAGAGGCCUAUGCUUGGAUUUGAGUCCCCCGGAUUUUAAUUCUUCCGGAUGGUUUUGGCAGAUAUGCACUGACUUGGUGUCUCCAACUACCAAUUAUCCUGGCACGACAAUGUUUCCACUCUCCAACUUUGAUUUCGACUCCUACGCCAGGGAUUGCUACCUUAAACUCGGAGCCUACCCACGCCACCACUGGAUAACCACUGAAUUUGGAGGACAUGACAUUAAAAGAGUGUUGAAAGAUUUUGGAAGCAAUAUCAUUUUCUCCAAUGGGUUAAGAGAUCCAUGGAGUAGUGGAGGUGUGUUGGCGAAUAUUUCUGAGACCAUUGUAGCCAUUACCACGGAAGAGGGAAUACAUGGGCAAGACGUUGCAAAACCAAGUGCCAGUGACGAUCCAGUCUGGCUUAAAGAGCAACGACAAAAAGAGAUAAUGAUCAUCCAAAAAUGGAUUGAUGAUUAUAAAAACUAA